GCAGAUCGUAAAGAGAGGAGGGAGGGGAGGAAAAAAAAAAAAAAAAAAAGUUUCAACAACAGGCUGGGCCAAUGGCAAGUCGCAGAGCUGGAAAAGGGGGCCGAGCGAAGGGAGAAAAAAGUGGAGAAAAGGAGAAAGAGAGCAAGAGAGUGCAGGCUGGGGGAUGUGUAAAAGAAGAAGCGUUGCUAAUUUUUUUUGUUUGUUUGCUUUUCCAUGCAUGCAUAAUGAGGCCUAAUCAGAGCACGUUGCCGCUGCUCGGAAGGCACUUUUGUAUUUAAAGCCUUGCAAAGAAAAAAAGAUCCGCAGACGGAUCCGCAGAACAGCUUGCAGGGCUUGUUGACAACAGCAGCAGCAGCAUCAGUCGCCCAGAGAGAAAGAGACCUCGAAGCCGGCCUUCCUGCCUUCCCCGCGCUGCCUUCGCGCUGACGGGGAGAAAUUUCUCUUCUCUGCUGCCCGAAGUGCGACCCGAGCCCAAGGGAGCAAGCAGAGCCGGCACCGCCUGCGGGAUCGGAGCGGCUGGCAUGUGCAGAGAUGCUGCGAGCGGAGAGUUAAGAGCUGACGAGAAGGCAACGGCAGCAGCCGGGCAUUUAUUUUGUGCAAAAAAAAAAAAAAAAGAAAAGCGAAAGAGACACGGAAUUGCAUGAGGAUCGGGUCAGCACCAUGAGUUCUCCCGACGCCGCCUUCAAGUCCCCAAGUGCACUCAGAAGCCGCGCUCCUCCGCGCGCCGCUCUGCGCUGAGCUCCACGCCGCCGCGGAGCCGCCGAGCCGAACCAGACCGAGCCGGGCCGGGAGCAGCGCCUGCGGCGCUCGGGGCGGCCCGGGGCGACCGCGUCGCACCGCGGCUCCGCCGUUUUCAGCGACAGGGGGCCGCAGCCCGCGCGGAUGGAUUGAUGCGAGGAGACCUCAUGCGCACGGCCGGCGGGAGUUCUGCAAACUUUCCGAGCGGCGGCAGCUCCUUCUCUUCUUCACUCUCCUCGCCCGGCGGCUCCUCUCCCCCGCUACCCCGCGGCAGCAGCCGCCUCCGCCGCCCGCGAUGCCGGCCCGCCCGCCCGCCUGGCUGUGGCUGGUGGCGGCGCUGGGCGCCGUGUGGCCGCCCCGGAGCUCUCCGGUGCAGGGCCGGCGGCUGAUCUGCUGGCAGGCGGUGCUGCAGUGUCAGGGGGAGCCCGAGUGCAGCUACGCUUACAACCAGUACGCCGAGGCGUGCGCCUCGGUGCUCCUGCAGCAGCAGCCGGCGGUGGGCGGCGGGGACGGGCCGGCGGCCGCCGCAGCCUCGGCCGCCUCCCGGCGGCGGUGCCCCAGCCACUGCAUCGCGGCCCUCAUCCAGCUCAACCACACCCGGCGCGGCCCGGCGCUGGAGGACUGCGACUGCGCGCAGGACGAGAACUGCCGCGCUACCAAGCGCGCCAUCGAGCCCUGCCUGCCCCGCACCAGCAGCCCCGCGGCCGGCGGCGCGGGGGGCGGCGGGCCCGGCGGCGGCGCGGGGGGUGGCCCCGGCGUGAUGGGCUGCACGGAGGCGCGGCGGCGCUGUGACUGGGACAGCCGCUGCAGCCAGGCGCUCAACCGCUAUAUGGCCUACUGCGGGAAGCUGUUCAACGGGCUGCGCUGCACGCCCGAGUGCCGCGCCGUCAUCGAGGACAUGCUGGCCGUGCCCAAGGCCGUGCUGCUCAACGACUGCGUCUGCGACGGGCUGGAGCGGCCCAUCUGCGAGUCGGUCAAGGAGAACAUGGCCCGCCUCUGCUUCGGCGCCGACGUGGGCAGCAACGGCGCGGGCAGCAGCGGAGGUUCGGACGGCGGCCUGGAGGAAUACUACGACGAGGACUACGAGGAGGAGCCGAGCCAGAAGGGGAGGGACGAAGCUGAGGACAAUGCGGGCCCGGAGCCCGGCUUCCCCAUGCAGGCGGAUAGUGCCGGCCGGGACUCCGGCGCGGCCUGGGCGCUGCUGGCCUCCAUCUUGCUGCCGCUUCUACCGCCGCUCUAGCCUCCCGCCCGGCCCUGGCCACGGCCCCGGCCCCGGGCAGGGCUUCCCCGCUUCCAGGCAGCGGACAGUUAGUCCCGCCGUUAUCCGGGCGCCUCCCCUGCGUGUCUGUCCCCGUGUGCACUAUGCAAUGCGUCCCGGCCGCCUGGCGCUGCGGCCCGCGGUGAGGUGAGGGGAAGGACCUUAAAUCGGCUCCCCGCCGCCUCGGAGGGAGGGAGAGGAAGAGAGGGCACGGCCGCGUGUCUGUAGCGAUUUGACAUGAAGGUUGGAAAGAGGCGAGGUGCCCAAAUUGCUGCCAAAGCUAUUGCCCGGCAACCUGACUGUCACUCGGUACCGCUGUGCCCGGUGCUGCGCUGCAUCUGCCGCUCACUGAGCUUAGGAGAGCACCGGCUGAGCGAGGUGAGGUGGUUCGCAACGCUGCCUCUUGCACACAAGUCUGCCCUAACGCAGCGGGCCGGCAGCCGCCUCUCCUAACCUAGGGGCACACAAAAAUGAUUCUUCUCAAAGAGAGUUAUUGGCUGUCGCAAACAAUGCAACUUGUCUUCCAAAAGAGCUCUGCACUGCCAUCUUCGAAAGACACUUUUAAAUUCAGAACAUGUAUGUUCACAUAUGCUGAGAAGCUAUAUUGCCUCUUGUAUCAGGGUGCUGACCUCUGGUAAAUCUUUAUAUAGAGAUGUAUUUAAAACUGGGAUUUGUUACCAGUCGCUCUUCUUUGUUUAUACAAUUUUAUAAAUUGUAUGCUUUUGGGGAUAAUUUAUUUAAGAAAAAAAAAUAAAAGUUUUAAAUCCACAUCCUAUUUGCCAGGUAAUCACAUGCGCUAGUCAUUUCUGGAAAGGUACAGGUUUUGUUUUAUGUGUAAAGGGAUACCAGCAGCAACGAUUCACUGAUGUAUUUUCUAGAACACCAAAUGUACAGUGUAUUUUAUAGAUUUGGAGUUAACAUUCUUAUUUGGAGAGACUUUAUGAACACUGUAGAAUUGUAUGUACACAUUUCUGAGCUGCCUUAAACCUAGUAUUUUUUAUAGAAGGCAUAACAAAGGCCUGUGUUUCAAAUAUGUAUGGCUUUUUGUACUUUAUAAAUGUUUAAAUUAGUAAAGAAAGAGCUUUAAAUAAUGGAUGUGGUGGAAUUGUUUUCCAGGGACACUUGAACUCUCAGCUCCUGAGAUUGGAAGGAGGGGGAGAGCAGGGGAGGGGAGGACGGGAGCCAACCGCAGAACAACAAACCAAAAACAACCAACAAGCAAAAAUCUAUGCCUGCCUGUAAUACUUUACAUAGAUGUAAAUUACUGGUAUUCUUACAUUAACGAAUAAUUAAGUGCAACAAGUAAAUACGGCUUUGCAAAUACUA